AUGUCGGGUGUUUCCGUUGUUGUCGGUGCCCAGUGGGGUGAUGAAGGAAAGGGAAAAAUAGUGGAUAUGCUUUCUGCUCGUUGUGAUGUUAUCUGCCGAUGCCAAGGUGGUAACAAUGCAGGACACACCGUUGUUGUCGAUGACACGCAAUAUUUCUUCCACCUUGUUCCCAGUGGCAUUAUCAGGAGUGAUACAAUGUGUGUUAUUGGCAAUGGCGUUGAAAUUGACACCCUUACAAAGCAAGGUGUUCCUGAUGUUGAGAGUCGUAUACGCAUUUCUGAGAGUGCACAUCUCGUUUUCGAUGUUCAUCGUCGCGUCGAUGAGUUGGAAGAGGAGGCGAGAGGUCGUUAUAUCAUCGGUACCACUAAACGCGGUAUCGGUCCGACUUAUGCUUCAAAGGUUUCAAGGAGGGGUCUGCGUGUUGUUGAUUUAGUCGGCGAUUGGAAUAUUUUUUGUGAACGAUAUGAAUCUUUGGUUGGUUUUUACAAGUCACAUUAUCCUACUCUCAAUGUUGAUGUCAAAAGAUCCCUAGAAGAACUGUCUAGUUACCGUGAUCGCCUAAGGCCCAUGGUCAGGAACAUCGCUUUUUUGGUGAAUAAGUUCGCGAUGGUCGAUACACACCGUCUUCUCGUUGAGUGUGCUCAGUCCACUAUGCUGGACAUCGACUUCGGCACCUAUCCCUACGUCACCUCGUCGAACUGUUCUGUUGGCGGUGUAUGUACUGGCCUGGGUCUACCUCCAUCUCGCAUCGGCAGUGUUUUUGGAGUCUGUAAGGCUUAUACAACUCGUGUUGGAUCCGGCGCGUUCCCUACUGAAUUGACUGGCGAAUUGGCUGAAAAACUGCAGACAGUUGGUCAUGAAUUUGGCGUCACGACGGGCAGGAAACGUCGUGUUGGCUGGCUAGAUACAGUUGUUCUGCGCUACGCCCACAUGAUAAACAACUUCACUGCUAUUGCGCUCACCAAGCUCGAUGUUCUGGACGAUUUUGAUGAGGUUAAAAUUGCGAAGGACUAUAUUGAUCCAACUACUGGCGAGGUGCUUCAAUGCUUCCCCUCUGAUCUUUCGCUCUUGUCACGGGUGGAAGUGGUCUAUGAAACGUUACCCGGAUGGAAGACCAGGACGAUGAGCAUCAAGAAAUAUGAAGAUAUGCCAGAGAAUGCUCGUAAUUACGUCGAAACGAUCGAACGACUCUGCGAUUUUCAUGUUCGAUGGAUCGGUGUGGGACAGGGUCGCGAAGACAUAAUCUCCAAGCCCCUCUCCUAA